AUGGAUUUACUAAUUGAAGUCCGGCGCACGAUCUUCGCCGCAUAUUGGUUACAGUUAACCGUGUACUGUGUCGCAGCCCACCGGCAUCUGGAUUUUUUAUGCUUUUUCGCCAACAACCGCGAUUUCCUGCCGGAUCAGUCGUAUAUGUUGCCGGCAUAUGAAAUCGCCAUCGCGGAGAUCACGGCGCAAUAUAACCUUAGCGCUUCAGUGUCGGUGAUUAGCGCGCCGUUCCUGAAAUCUUGUGAUGAUCUGCAGAGCAACACGUACGUGGUGCCGCAGUACUAUUAUCAGCAAUGGCUACCCCAGAGGUCACCGGCCAGUCUUCCCGUUUUCUUUCUUAACGGGUGUGAUGAAGGAAAUGAAGUGGCCAGAUUUACCCGAGAAUGGGACAUCUUAACAAUUGCCACGAGCGCCACGCCGUCGGAUCAGCGCCCCCAUCCCACGGCCUACCCCACCCUGGUGUCCUUCGCCACCGUCGACACCACCAAGGCCAAUCAGGGCAUCCUCUCCAUUUUGUCGUUCUUCGGCUGGACGACGGUGUACAUGGUGUACGACACCUGGCUGAAGAACCUCUACUACACGUGGUUCCCGUCGGCAAUUGAGCGGAUUGUGCGGGAUCCCCGGUUUCCGCUAGGAGCACAGUUUAACCUCAUCUCAGUGGGAUGGAACAGUUCAGGGAUUAUUCCCUACGAGCAGCUUUUGCGGCCGGCCAUCAAUACCAGUCGUGUGAUUAUGGUCCUGUUUCGCGGAGAAGAAAUGCGCAAUUUUCUGAUUGCUGCCGACCGCCUUAAUAUGUUGAAUGGCGAAUACAUAUUUUUAACAUGCGAACCAUUCGAGAACGAAAGGCGGUUCGGGGCGCUUUCGUGGUUUAAGAACGAUUCCGGUGAUGCGAUUGCCCGACGUGCUUUUCGAUAUGUAAUGAAAUUUACGACAACCUUCAAACAACGCGGCGCAACCGGUGAGAAAGAUGCUUUGGCGCGUCAAAUCAAAGCACAAGGCAUAGAGAAGUAUGGUGCCUGGUAUACGGACGAGGAAAAACCCAAUCCCGGACCGUUAGCGGCCUACAUCGCCGUGAAGGCGUUGGGCCAAGUACUGACAGAACUACCCGAAACAGGUGCCAUCCCCAACGGCUCCACAUUAGCCAGCGCCUUCCGCAGCCGGCGUUUCACAUCGCGCGGUGUCACCGCUAGUAUGGACGCUACGGCGGUACGCGUCCCUGUGCUGUAUCUGGAGGACUACAAUGCCGACCUGGAUACUUUUCAAACCGCGGUGAUCUACGACGCGAGCUUGAAUGCCAGUCACCCCGUGACAAUUAUCAGCAAUUAUUCGAUAGACUGGGCCACCGCGGAUAAUCGGCCGCCGUUGAACGUACCCCGGUGCGGGUAUCGCGGCGACAACGGACCGUGCUCGCCCGCGACGGAUUUACUGCGGAUGGUUUUGACGCCGGUCCUGACAGUGAGCAUAUUUGCCUGGAUUGUCGCUGCAGUGUAUGUAUGGCAUUUCCGGCGGAAAGGAAUACAUGCGGCGGGUCAGUGGUGGGUGCUAGAUGUGCAUUUAAUCAGCGAUGUGUGCUAUUCCAUGACCAGCACCGUCGUGAAGACCAACGCGCAGAGAAGGAUGUCCAUAUACCCCACCAAACCCAGUAGCAGCUUAUACAUGGAGAUCACGCCAUGCCACAUGUACAAAAACUCCCCGGUUGUAAUAAAAAAAUUUCCCUUACGACAGAAAGUUGUGGGAGUCAAUCGAAGUGAAGAGGAGCAGCUGAGGAGGCUGGGGCAGCUGGACCAUACCAAUUUGGUGCGUUUAUAUGGGCUGGCCUUCCAGUCCGAUGAGCUAUGGUGUGUAUUGGAGUUUCUGGCCAAAGGACACCUGAAAGACCUGAUCGAGCACAUCCAGCUAGAUUGGGAUCUGUGUAUAAUGUUAUCCUAUGACCUCAUCGCGGGAAUGCGAACAAUACACCGGUCUGUUUUUAAGUACCACGGUUACGUAACGCCGUACACGUGCAUGAUCAGCAAGAAUCUAACGCUCAAAAUCUCCGACUGUGGACUGCACUCCAUAGCCGGACGCCAUUGCCUCCAGGAGAAACAUUCAUCACUCCCGGAAUCCGCGGAGGACCUUGCGCGGUGGUUCGCCCCGGAAAUCCGUCACAAGUUGUCUUUCUGUGAUGACCUCAUGCAAAUGUCGCCGUUGGGCGCAGCGGCCGGCGACGUGUAUUCGGCUGCCAGCAUUAUUCACUGGAUGCUGAAAUCCUAUCGGCCGCUGUCGGAUGACUACACGAACUGCUUGAUUAUAGUGGAGAAGUGCCUGAGCAGUGCGCCGGAACAACGCGAUGCGGAGGUGUUAUGGAAGUUUUUUCAGCGUCGUAUGGGUAGCGGAGAAAGUAUGGUAGAGCGGAUGAUCCGUAAAGCCGAUAGUUAUACGCGCAAAUUGGAAGAGGUGGUUAAGGAGCGGACUGUGCAUCUGCAGCGGGAGCAGCAGCUGACGGAGAGCUUACUCCAAGAAAUGCUGCCAAACGCGAUAAUACAGCGUCUGCUGAGCGGUCAGUCCGUGGAUCCGGAACUGUAUCCUUCGGUAACCGUUGGCUUCAGCAUCUUUGAAGGUUUUGUCGGAUUCGUCGCCAAGAACACCCCGUGGCGGGUGGUGGAGUUUCUAGGCGAAGCGUUUUCGCUCUUUGAUGAUUAUUCGGCGGCGUUCGAUGUGUACAAGGUGGAGAGCAUCAGCGACUGCUAUAUGGUGGUAAGCGGUCUUCCGGUUCCUAAUGGAACCCAUCACGCUGCGGAAGUGUGUACGCUGGCACUCAGGCUGCGCAGCGUGUUUAUGAAGGCGUUCGGGAAAACCGGCUUGGAGAUUAUGAUCGGCAUCCAUUCUGGAGAAUGCGCGGCCGGAUUAGUGGGAACACAACGCCCGCGUUAUUGUUUGUUUGGCGAUACGGUGAAUGUAGCCUCCCGGCUGGCAUCCCACAGUACCGGUUGCAAAGUGCAGACAUCCGCCGAAACGGUGGCACUACUGCCGCAUCCCUCUCAAAUCACGGUGACCAGUCGGGGCCUCACGGAAUUAAAGGUCACGCACCACGAUUUUGCGGCUGAUCGCUAA